AUGGGCUCUUCCUCCUCCUCCUCCUCCUCCUCCUCCUCCUACUCCUCCUCCUCCCCCCUCCUCCUCCUCCCCCUGCGAACCUGUGCAAGUCACGGCCUUCUGCUAACCACCACACUCGUCCGUCUGCCGAUGCGGAAGAAGGCCACCUGGAUACACCCCCGAUUGCAGCGCCGGCAGCUGGUGGACUAUGUUUUCUUCCGGAGGCGCAAUCGACAGGACGUGAUGGUGAAUAAAAGCUACCUGCGACGCUGAUGACUGGACGGACCAUCGCCUCUCCAAAGUGAGGCUCCGUCUGCGACCCCGCAGGAGGCCACAAGGUAAGCGACCACCAGGCAAGUUGAAUACCGCUUUCUUGUCUUUGUCUGCUCACAGUUUGCAUUUCAGCAAUCGACCGACCGAGCGGCAGGAAAACCUGCCAGUUCCAGAUGAAAAAUCCGCCGUGGAGAUUCGAUUGUAACAAUUACGGUACGCCGUUAGUCCGACCGCCCUGAUUGACUCGGUCGCGCACUUCCUCAGCACCAGGACAGGUCCGACGACAACGAUGCAGUCAUCAGUAACCUGCACGCCGAGAUGAACGGUUUGUGCAUAGUCUACCUCUAGCGUCAGACCGGUGCGAAGAAAGCGGCCUUCUAUCAAUGUCACCACCAUGUGUAGCAAUAGUUGGGGGGAAUGCAGGAUUCCUGAAUGGCUCGCAAAGCUGAGGAGAUCCAGGGAUACGCCGACUGCAACGGAUCGAAAAGCUUCUUCGCUGCGACCAGGGCGAUCUACGGUCCCCCAACCAAAGGAACCACGCCUCUUCUCAACUCCGAUGGAUGGACGCUUUCGACGGAGAUGUCAUAAAUUCUGAAACGUUUGUCCGAGCAAUUCAGAAACGUCCUCAACCGUUUCUCCGCAAUUUCCGACGCCGCCCUCAACCGGCUCUCACAAGUGGAAAUCCACGUCGACCUGGACCUCCCGCUCACCCUCCAGGAAACCGUCCGUGUCGUGCAACAACUCUUCAGCAGAAGAGUAUCAGGCUCCAAUGAAAUUCAAGUCGAAAUCUACAAGCACAUCGGCCACCGAAUGAUGGACCAACUCACCACGCUAGUUCAGAUAUGGCGCCGUGGACAAGUUCCUCAGGGCUUUAAGGACGUAGUCACUUUUCACCUAUGCGGGCGCAAAGGGAAGUGACAACUCUGUGACAAUCACUGAAGUAUCUUACUACUCAACAUCGUCGGAAGGUUCUUCGCCCACAUCCUCCUUUAUCGCCCCAAUGGACGCCUCGAGCAGGAACUUCACCGGAGAGCCAAUUCGGCUUCCGUUGACACCGCAGGACCAUCGGCAUGGCCUUCAGCGCUCGCCAGCUAAAAGAGAAGUGCCAGGAGAAGCAAAUCCGCCUCUACACUACCUUCGUGGACUUGACGAAAAUCCUGGAUACGAUGAAUCGCGAGGGACUGUGGAAAAUCGUAUAGAAAUUCGUCUGUCCUGAACGACUCACGCUCAUGGUACGUCAGUUCCACGACAAGAUUAUGGCGUGCGUCACGGACAACGGUACAAUCUUCGAGGCAUUCUAAGUGACCAAUAGAGUGAAGCAGGGCUGCGUCCUCGCGCCUACCCUCUUCAGCCUCCGCCCUUUGUAAUGCCGAUGCGCUACGGGAUACGCAUCGCCUGGAAAACUGACGGGCACCUUCUCAACAGCAAGCUCUUACAGGCCCGAACGCGGCUGUCAACGUCCACAGUCCGCGAUCUGCUCUUCGCCGACGCCAGCUGCGCUCAACACCACGACCGAAGUGGACAUCCAGUGAAGCACGGACCUCCUCGCCGCCGGGUGUGUCAACUUCGGACUGACUAUCAACACGGAUAAAACAGCAGUCAUGCACCAACCAUCAUCCAACACGCAAAACUCCACUCCUCCUCGAAUCACUUUCGAAGGUCACCAACUCAAAACCGUGGACAAUUUUGAUUAUCUCAGAAACACACUUUUCAGCAACACCAGAAUCGAAGAUGAGGCUGCCUACCAGAUCUCCAGAGAAAACCAAGCCCUCGGUCAUCUAGAGAAAUUCGUGCGCAAUUGUCACGGCUUCCAACUGAGUAUGGAACUGAAGAUGUACAAGGCCGUAAUCCCGACGACACCUCUCUGUGAAACGGAGACAUGGACCGUCUACUCCAGUCAUGUCAAGAAAUGCAGUCAUUUACAUCUCAGCUGCCUUGGCAGAAUAAUAAAGCUAAGAUGGCAAGGCAGGAUCUCCGACACCGAAGUCCUAGAACAGACCGGAAUCCUCAGCAUUCGCGCCACGCUGAGGAAACUACAGUUACAUUCGAACGACCAUCUCGUAAGGAUGGAUGAAACACGUCUACCGCAACAAGUCUUCUUUGGUGAUGUGGCUGCGGGUACGCGUCGUCCAUGGGGCCAAAACGGCGUUGCAAGGACACUUUGAAGGAUUCUCUGAAACAACUGCGGAUCAACCGGAGAUCUGGGAGGACCUCGUCCAGAACAGGCCGGCAUGGCGGAGAUAAAUGAAGACCGUCGCCGCCAUCUACGAGGGAAAUCGGAUCGCCGCCGCCAAAGCCAAAAGAGCUGCUGGUAAGUCACAAGUGUCUCGCCUUCUCGAUGCCAACUGUUAACUGCUUCCCUCAUGCCCAUGCUUCAAACACGCAUUCCGCGUGCAAAUCGGUAUCGUGGGACACCUUCGGACUCAAUGUGCUAACAACUCAAGGUUUACUUCUUCCUCUCUCGCUCCUGCUGCAAACCCCGCGCCGACCGCCACCCCGUCACCGCCGAUCACACUGUCGCUGUCCGGCCUCCAGCAAUCCCCGACACCACCCACCCUGCCCCAACCCCGGCAUCGACCACAACGACCAACUCCACCACCUCCACAAUAAUAUCACGAACUCCUCCAACUGAUGGGGCGACAUCCGGCAUCAUAUUAUCAUUUACCAUCACCAUGGACGCCCCCACCUCCGGCGAUGGGGACGCGGCUCAUAACUGUUCUCAUUGCGCUCGCACACGUGCCUCACAUAUCGGCCUGUCGGUCACUUGCGAAACCAUCGCUCAGAGAUUGGCGAACUAGUUUCCGGAGCACCAACCGACAUUCGCCACAUCCGCCUCCACUGUCCCGCACAUUCACUUACUGCAUAGGUCUUCUAGGUCAAAUGUGUAUCUACAACGGCAGAAUUCACCGCAGUCCCGACACACCUGGCACACAUUGCACAUUCACCACGCCUAGCCCGCCCACACCCCGCCGCCCAGCGCACCCACAACCAGCAGUUCCACCAUCAUCACCACCACCGAAGUCGACUCGGACACUCCCAACCUAUCCUGCCAAACUCUCCCCGCACAUUCACCUCACCCAUCGGGCUGGUGGGUCACUUGCGAACCCAUCGCACAGAGACUGGCGAACCAGUGUCCGAAGCACCAAACUACACUAGCAGUAUCCACUUCAACUGCCCUCACUGUCCCCGCACAUUCAGCCAACGCUUGGGUCUGUAAGGCAACAUGCGCAUUCAUGAAAACCUACGGUAGACAACCACCAGCUACAGCACACCAUCACACAGUCCCAGCAGCAUCUUCAAAACACAACAACAUCAAUCAUCAGCACACAACGCAAGCACUCGAUUGUCAUCUCCCACGCAAGUGGGGCGUGUGCUUCUCUACCCCUUCUCCACGCGGCUCCUCUGCUGCAUCUCUGAUCUGAGUCUGCGACUAUCAUGGUGCGCUAACCACUGUGGCUGGGAAGACUGACGAAUGACGCCUCACCUCAGUCCAUGCACUCAGCCCAGUUGUGUGUAUAUGUGUAGUGGCGGGCUGGUGGGCUGCGCCGGGCUGCCACGGCUCCUCAACGUGGCCUCUGGAAAUCUCACACAUGUGUGGAGUGUGUGUGUGCGUAUGGGUAGUGCCUCUCAGUCGACGAAUGACUGAUUGCCCUGCCUCUGAGGGGUGUUGGUCCAGGCUCCAUGUAGGGCUGUGCAUCAACCUUCUGGGCCUUGAGGUUUGUGGGCGUCUGCUAUGCCAUUAUUCAACAAACCUUGACUCUCACAGCCUGGUGUGCGCUAGCAGUUCUCUGGCACCUGGUUCCCUGCCGGUAGAUGCGCUUGCGCUCCCGCUGGCUAUACAGGUCGUGAGCAUGGCUGCCCAGGUAUUCUCAUCCUUCUGACCCGUUAUUGUGCUCUUGUUGGUAAAAAGUCUGAUCAAGUGUUUGUUGUGGAACAGGGGAUGUGGAGUGGAGGGCCAACAUGCGGGUCCGGGCGUGCCGGCCACCUACGCUUUCAUCCCCCUCCGCUCUUCUUUACUGUCUUGACACCAGGUCCGAGUGGGAGGAGGAGAGAUUUGGGUAGAUGCUGCGCAAGUCCACUCCGAUCAUAAACCAAUUCACGCGCAAGUCACCGAGCUUGCUCUCAUCUUGUUGUGCGGAACAUGGCGGACAUCGUCAGAUACGACGAUCAAAUUUCAAUUUACUGUUGGCAUUUUGGUUAUAAGAAUACCAUUCUGAGCCGUUUGACGUUCUCUUGGGUUCGUCCUUAAUAAAGCGACAAGACGAUCAGUCAAAGUAUGAAAACUGGCCAAUACUACUCUGCUGAUGUCCCUGUCAAUGAUUGCAGCGACCCUGGCGACCAUAGUUGGACAUGGUACAAAUCUGCGUCACUCAUUUUGGGUAAAAUGGUUUGCCAGGGGAAACUGGGGAUUCGAUGCAUAAACUGACCUAUUUUGGCGGGGUGCUGGAGCUUCGACCUUACGCGUGCCGUCUUGCACUCCGUUUGUCAAUUUAUCGACGUGGCAGCAGGACUAAAGCUGUGAUGUUUCCUGGUUCAUAAGUAGCCACGAGACAUCCUGAGUCUCGUCAUCAAAUGACUACUCCAUGAUCGUGCAAGGACAGUCAGAUUAUGGGAAACCGACUGUUCUUCUGAGUUUAUCUGAUAUGUGGCCGAUAUUGUGGCCGCCAGUCGGUUCGUAAUGUCGGUAUUUCAGUCACGGAAAGUUAGUAACAUGGGCUUGGAGGUAGACCUGACGCACAUCUGUCUAGUCAUAGCCAUCAGUCAUUCGCCACGGUCGAAAUCCCAACAGUCAGGAGGCUGGUGGACGGCCGAUCCUCCUGAAUUAAUCACGUGCCUAGUGAGACUCGUUCGUCAUUGCCUUCUGUCUGCUAAAGGACACACGUGUUCUCCCACGCGGAGUCCUCAUGCGGCUUCUUUCAUACACUAAGGUGUACUUAUUGUACGAGUGAUGGAUCACAUGAUGCACAUGACCCUCCUAUGCAUUGUUGCUUUUUGCUCACUAUAUCUGGCCAUAUGGGUAAUGCGAUGGAGCAAACAAGGGGACCAGAUUAGGCCACGGCGCAGGUUAAUCUGACUGCAAACCCACAAAAAAUUCCGCGCAUGGGAAGUGUGGUGGCAGGUCUAGGCGCCGGCUCGCACCACGUCAACCAAUUAUGUCCAAUUCCCGCAUUAGAUGGUUGACCGGCUCGGACAGCUUACUGAUGUAUGGGAGAGGGAAGAGAGGGCGGCGUCGAUUUUGGGGACCCCGUUCCUCGCUUUAAAAAAUUUGGCGCGCUUUCAAACUACCAGGGAGCGCUAAGAGCCGUGACUAGGUAGGCUACCAACUGACGGUAUAAAUCUGUCCCCCUCUUAGAACGGAAAGUCAAGCUGCAAUGCCUCAUUCUUAAUAUGACCUCUAUAGUAUCCUGCAUUCAGAUGGGAUCUGAGUUUUCGCCUUUUUGUUUAGGUAUAAACACGCUCCAUCUUCCGCGGACCAGGCGUGUGAGGUACCCAUAGACGGACUGCUUAGCUUUGUCAGCCACUGCGCCUGUUCCCACCUCUGGUCGUCCCGAUUUAAUCUUGCCACCUGUUCCAGGAGGGUGAGAGCGAGGAUGCAGUAGAUGCUGCGCAUGUCUAAAACCGAUAUUAUCCAAAUAACGAGCAAAUCACCGUCGCUGCGACCACCGUGUUGGGGGUCACACGGUGGACAUCAUCGUUCGCGAUGUUUGAACUGUCACACUGUCAUUCUCAGAUUACCAUUCCCAUAUUUACCAACGAGAAUCUCAAAGAAGGCAAGCUUUGGUUUUGCCUUGCGAACUUGGUGUCAGGAAGAGAGAGUCGAAUACAUAACAGAAAUUCGACGUGAGAUUUUUCGGGCAAUUAGAAAGGUGUGAUCAGUAUAUUGACUCCAAAGGACUCCUUCAGAUUCCUGAAAGGUUUGCUUCUUCAGCCCAAAUAUCACUGAUCAAGGAACUCAUAGAAGUACUCGUAAUUAGUUCGCGGGCUUCUAUUGAGGAAUUUGAAGAAUGUUAUUUGAUAGAAAUACAAAUAUAUCAUAAUGUGUUCUAUCUUAAGGUUGACUGGUUCUGAUUCAAGAGCGAUCCUGCUCUCCUAUGCAGUGUAUUACAAAAAAAUCUGGAUGAAUGGACACAGUGGACUAGGUCACUCGGAAAGAUUAAAUUAUGUCGUGGAAUUUCGUGUUUAGCCGAGUAGUCCUGACGGAGAGUGCGGAGCGUGUUCUUUAAGUGGUGAGAUACACAGUUAAGUUAGUGGCAUAGUAACUAGUGAGCUACUCCUAGUUUCAGAAAAUAAUUCUCUUCAAGAAGCAAUAUAAAAACAGAAAACGUUUUUACGAAGGAAGGAUUUGUUUAAACCACAAACAUCAUGGAAACCCAUCCUCUGUCCCUAAUAACGCAUCAAAUGAAGAUUUACUUUGAUAAAAUUUCCUAAAUGUAGGCUAAAAUAGGCAGUUUAUGAGAAGGCGAGGACCGCAUCACCAGAAUCUCGCCCAUCUUAUUCGACUCAUUUUGCUUACUUGUACACCUAGUCUAGGGGUUUUACCUAUAUGACCGAAUGACUGAUGCAAUUUAAAUGAUGAGUUUCCUUAAGCUACUGUCCGUCUUGCCCCUCGUCUGCAGGCAUCUGUGACCUGCUAUUGUCAAAUUUGGUUGUCCCAAAUAUACCCGUUGCCAUCAUUAUUGUAACCUGACUCCGUCUUUGCAUAGAAAUCUACCUAGUCUUGAGGGUUGCUUAGGGAACUUGGGUUGCCCCCCAAAUUACAACCAUUUGAAGGACCAGAAUGAGCAUCUAUUACUUUACUAAGCACCCUAGCUGAUUACGGCGUUUGGCUACCACGCGCUCUGAUGCCGAGAGAUGAUAUCAGUUGUGAUCCGACGCGGCUGACAGCGAACGCGCGACUCAGUUUGGAUGAAAUUAAGACAUCGAAAGUCCUUCUGCAAACGCCCUAGUAGAGGGAAAUAAAUAGAAACUGAUGUCAAAACAAAUAGGAAUAGAAGCGGUCAGUCAGGUAGGUAAUCAGAUCUUCGUUUCUGCGUUUGCAACUGCCGACAAGUGAGACGCGGACAAAGAAGAGUUGCUGGGAAACACGAUAAGCAAAAUUUAAGCAAGUGCUAUGACGCAAAUUCCGGCGGACAAGAGAAAGCACUUCAGUACCAUUAAAUAAGAAGGCAGUUAUGACCCAUUCUGAAGAAUCUAACAAAAAACCAACCCGAAAGUUGAAAACAACCUUCAAACAGCCAACUAACAGUUUAUUGGCUGAGAAGAGGGGAGGGAAUGUAAAGUUGGAGUCAGCGAACCCUAUCAGAGUAGGCUAAACACAAAGAUACAAAUACACAUUAGAUAACAGAUUAGCCCCAAAAUAUGGGAGUGUUGGGACUUCGUUAAGAAGGAUUUUGAAAAACUCAACAGCACCAGAAGAAUAAAGAUUGAAAACGGACUUUUGAGCAUUGAACAUUGGACCGUGUUCUGACAAUUGUGCGUGUGCAUAAUCAAGGCUACCCUUUAAGAUCUGCAGCCUGAAAUCUCCUUGGAUGGGAGGGACAACGUCAGUGCUAUCAGUAUACGUGAUUGCUGGCCAAUCACUGGGAAAUGCAGGGCCAUUAAUGUGAAAAGAUAAGAGAUGGAGCAGAUUGAAAUGGCUUGCAAUUCUUUUUAAGAUGAACAGGCUUACAUGCAUUAUACUCAACCAAUUUACUCUUCAAGGAAAAGUGAACAAGUCAAAGACAAUCCGACUGGGGAGACCAUAUUGAGAAGUUCUAUCUAAAACUCACGCUAGAUGUGGCAGGACCCGCAGGACGAAGCCCUAUUAGCGGGAAAGUAGCCCGUGUCCCCUGUAUGUACUAUUGUACUCAUGCCCCUCCAACACUCACGCAAAAUUCCCAAACGGGAAAUGUCAGUCAUAACCUUCACGGCCUUGGAAAUCACGACGGCUGCGAGGACCCAUAUUUAUCAUGCAGGGUGCAACUCACAGAUGAAAUGGAUACCUUAAUUGCCUGAAGUCAUCUGUUUUUUGAAGCCGGAUGUAACAGAAAGUCGCUUAUGGGGAAGAAGUGGGGGGCUGCCGGCAAGGACCGGGGUCCUGGCCAGGCGCCCAUGGGUUCAGCUGGUUGUCGAGACCGUACGCGAAUCAUGCGUCAGUGGCCUUCAUGCUAACAACCAAUCAGGUGUAUGAGAGGCUAGACUUCCGCCAAUCAACGGGCCAUGUUGGAGAUGAUGGUGUGUCGGUUUACUGGGAUGCGUGCGUGUUGAGCGGCCCACGCGUGGGCUCACCCAGAGUCGGCGCAUUGGUUGACCUUGCAGAAUGGUAACUUGGCGCCGGCUUUCUUGCGUGUGGGCGUAUGCUCCAACAAGCUCAGUUUUCUUGCGGCGAAGCGGGAUGCUACCCUUCCAGUGAGUGGUGAGUGUUCAGACAUAUAAUUAUGCUCUAAAACAACAGACUGAGGUCUUAAGUUUUAUAGCCUGUGGGGCGGUACUCUUUUUAUUCAAUUCUGGUAGAUGACGUUAAGGUCUAUUCUUUCAUCAACCGGCUGGUCAUUUCCAUCCGGGGUAAACCUCCCUCCAAAGUCGACCUAUCUUUUAUGGCUGAACAGACCAUCUAACUAACAGCCAAGUACACAAUUUCCUUUAUUUUACUCUGUUUUAUAUUGCUAGCAAAAGGAUAGUGGUCUCGCCGCUGGAGGAUCUGCAUUUUCCGGCUGUCUGGUUUAUAUUUCGGAUAGUUGAUUUUGUUGUUCAGAUCGCCUUAAGUAACACUGGUUGGCAGAAAUUGCAGACUCGUUCCAAUGGUUUAGACCAUCCCUGAUUAUAAGGACUGCCGGCUUUGCCAUUCAUCUUCGCUUUUGGCCAGUCUCCGCGCAGUUAGACGAUGCCAUGUUCGUGUCUAUUUCCGAAAUUGUGUCUGUCCCUGGACAAGCUUUUUUACAAGGCUUGUGACACUAAAGCUGCAGAGGCUUUGGGUGAGGUGCCUCUAAACAGACCUUCAGACAAAACCCGAACUCCCUUUAAGACAAAGAUAAGGGAUCGCAUGCGAAGAGAGGGCGGUCGGAUUGAUAAUGACAGCACAUAUAUACAUGACAGCGGAGAGUGCUCAGAGGCUCCAUAAAUCUAGGUAGGCGUCGAAUGUUCGUACACUGGACCAUGCAAAACGUAAAGCCCGUGCAGGAUCUUUACGUGCCCAGAAGAUCGGGUUCCCUGAAUGUAUAUUAGUCACUUUCGCUGUCGCGAGGAUCCAUUACCGCAGUUAUUUUUACUUACAAUCCGUCAACCGAAUGAUUGACCGAAGGGCUUCUUUAGCACCCAAACCUUGACCCGUAUAGCUCAGGUGCAAGUGGACAGAGCUGGAGAUGGUCUUUGAUUCAUUCUUUUCCAAUGAAGCCAGCAAGUAUUCUCGAAUUCUCUCGCAAAGAUACCUGGUCGUGCGACCGAUGUAGAUUGCUCCAUAGGAACCGGUGAAACUGUACACACGUAUAGAGAUGGUCUGAAAUGGUUUUUUAUCCUUCUAUCGGGACGAAAUUUGCCGAGAAAUAGUAAAGUUCACCCUGCGCGAAGAAGCCAAAAACUCCCAAGCAGAGGCCGUUAUCAAUUGUUGGGAUGCGGACUUGAACAGGAAUUCAGCCAUUCUUCCUACAAACGGCUUUAAGUAUUAAUUCUUGGGUAAGAUGUGGUUAUGUGGCCCCACCUGAUGGACAAAAUACUGUUGGGAAUAGACUUAGGGGGCUAGAGCUAGGUUAUAAGGAAAAUAUUCCUAAUCGUUCGAAGUACAACCGCGCAUUUCUAAUAGCUUUUCUGCUGCAUACAACUACUCGACCUUGUCACCUGUACGAUCCCAGGCUCCACCUGAAAAAACCCUAUUACUACCGGUUCCGUAUCACAGGUGGCUGGGGUUUGUUUACUUCAGGUGAGGCUACAUAACCACAUCCGACCAAUUCUUGCUCUAGAAUUUUUUAAUUUUAACUAGCUUUUUCAUGCCGCCCAACAAGCACGUUCUCAUUGACCUGGUGGCCAAGCAACGCAUCAAUCAUGCUUUUGAGUCAGGAGCACAAAAGUGAAAGUUAUUUUGCUGUAUUGUCUACCUUUUCCUUUGGAAAAAAUGUGUUCCGGCUGGACCGUUUGCUCAUCUGGUCAGCAGUACAGACGAGAAUGGAGGAGAAUUUUGUUUCUGCUGCCCGCAUUGUGUGGACGGAUGCAUGUUACACAUCUUCUGAGGAAGUUCACCCAAGCCCACUCUAUUUUCUGUCAUAGCAGAGGUAUCAACAGACCUGUCGUAGUAAUCUCUCCUGUCGAGGGACUCACAAAUUUCAAAUAAUUCUAAUUGUCGUAUGAAAACGUCGCAUAUAAUGGACCUUAGCGACGACCUCGUUACGACUUCAUCGACCUGUCUGUACAUCAAUCCGUUGAAUUCGAAUUUAACAUUUACAGUACGUCAUAACACGACCUCCAUCGAAAUAUUUCCCUGCGUGCAGUGUGCGCAUUUCGUAAGAAAGUUACACAGACAAACGAUUUUUUCGUCAUUGAAAUAUUAGUCCGGAAUACGGAUCAUUAUUCCUGCUUCUGUGACCGGGAUGGCAAUUUCCGGCUUAUUAGUCGUCGUUAGCCAGCCUUACCUACCCCCAGGCCUUGGGUCACCUGAGGACGAAACCCACGUUUUUUUCGUUAUUAAACACUCAAACCGCUGAAUCGCGGUCUUGUUAUCCUGUCGGUUGCGACCGGAAAUAUUAAGUAUGUCGGAAACACACUCACCGACCGAGCUAUGGGGCGCGCUGAAGUUGCGCAGGGCUAGCUGGUGAUGGCUAAUAAGCCAGAAAUGGCCACCCCAGUCUCCUGUGCCCUCGUCGGUUGUCUCAUUCCGCCUAUGCUACUAGCCGCCUUGCAGCUACCUUGGGGCCCAAUCUAGAGCCCUUGCAGGCAGAGACAUAGCGACUAACAGCAUACGAAGAUAAAUGGGGUUGCUGACAGACAAUGGAGACUGGAAUCACCAUUUUCGGCCUGUUUGUCGUCGGCGGCCAGCCCGAUUAAAAAUUGACAGAACAGUGAUCCCUUGGCUCAACUGUAGAGGAUUGGACUACUUAACGUUCCACGACCAAAGUACCCGAGCUCGAACCCCAGACCAGCUGGCUGACUGGCGAUGAAUAAUAAGUCAUAAAUAACCAUUCUGGUCUGCAUUGUCUUUGUCGGUUACUCCCUUACCUGUAUAUAGUGUUAGUCGCCAUGCGACUGUCUGCAUGUUUACCACCUCCCCAGGAAGAUAAAGAGGGAGCUAGUUCAUAAGCCAUAGUAUACUAGAACUGGCGCUUCGGAAGCUUCUUCGUUUCCAUCACCAGAGUAAUAAGGUAACUGUUCCUUUGAGUCCUUCAGUCUUGCCGCCUAGCUCGUCCUAUUGCCGUGUACGUUGCACGAACUCCGACCUGCGCAUUUGCCGCUGGCUAGCUCUGACCACUCCAAGGUCGGCUGCUGGCGGGCUCGUGUGACCUUUGUCCCCUUGGUGACCGUCGUACUUGUGUCCAAGUCAGCGUCACAUUCAGGAGCCGUGGCAGCCUAACUCUCACCCCUCCAGUCCGCCACCCCUCAAAAACGCACACAACUGAGCUGACUGCGCGGACUGAGUUGAGGCAUCAGUCGGCAGCCUUCCUAGUCACGGAGUUUGGCGCACCAUAAUAGUCGAUGACUGACUGGUUACCCUGUCCCUGAAAGGUGUUGGGUCGACGUGAAUGGCGGCUUUAUUGCUGACAACUCGACCAAAGUCGAGCAUUGGCGUGAGCACUUCGAGCAACAUCUUAAAUUCGAUACCCAACCCAUCCCGCUGUCGCUCUCCUCUGCAGCGGAGUUUCUUCCCUCUCCAACCUGUGCAGUGCCAUGCGACCCGCCUUCUGAAGGAGAGGUCACCGAUGCCAUACGAAAGGUACGCAACAACAAGACACCCGGAGAGGACGAUAUACCCCCUGUAAUCUUCAAGUCUUGUGUAGACACUCUGGCGCCUUGGCUUCAUGAGGUGAUUGAACAUGCGUAGAGAAGCGAGCGUGCUGCUGAUGACUGGGGCUUAGGCAUCCCUGUACCUAUUCUUGAGAAAGGAGAUAAGACAGGAUGCGAGAACUACUGCGACAUAAGCCUCAUCGACAUUGCUGCGAAGAUCUUCGCUAUUGUUCUACUCAAGCGAUUCCGGGCUGUGCGUGACUCUAGGAUGAGGCCCAACCAAGCCGGAUUUCGUGCCGGACGUGGAUGAGCGGACCAGGUAUUCACACUAAGGCGCAUUCUCUAAUUUCGUCAUAGUUAUUAUUAACCGUCAACCGUCUGCUUAGUUAACUUUGCCGCCGCGUUCGAUUCCGUCCAUCGUGAGUCCCUGUGGCGGAUAAUGGCGCUAGAUGGUGUACCGCCAAAAAUCAUUGCCAUGAUCAAGGCCUUUAUCGCUCCACCACUAUUCAAACCCUGGUCCGCAACUGUUUGGUAUUCGGUCUGAUGUUCGGCAGGGUUGUAUCCUGUCGCCCAUUCUGUCCAGCUACGCUAUUGACUGGAUUCUCGGGAGGGCCCUACACGAAGGUGACGGAGUUGAAUUUGCACCCGGACACCGACUGACUGAUCUCGACUAUUCCGAUGAUAUUGCUUUACUUGCCUCAAUUUUUGGUGGUCUUAACUCUAUGGUGUCAUGGGUGAACGAGGUCGCUAAAUCGGUCAGGUUAUCCAUAAACGCUGGGAAUACUAAAGUAUUUUCAAGCUGCAUUCCUGUCCAGGAGAAGGCACCUCUCGAGAUUGAUGGCUGUCAACUUGGAGCGGUAGAGGGGGCGAUUGCUGCCGAAUGGACAGAGUAAGGAUGACAUUGUCUCCCUAAUCGAAACUGCCCGAUGUGUUUUCUCGAGCCCUAGAAAAUGCCUCUGGAUCCGACGCGACAUCUCCAUCGUCAAUAAGAUUCAUCUGUGCCGUACGUCUGUCCGGUCUAUCCUUCUUUAUGGUUGUGAAUGCUGGGCUGUCCGCGUUGAGGACGAGCGAAAACUGGAGGUAUUUGAUCACCACUGUUUGAGGACCAUCUGUUGAGUGAAGUACACGUACUUCGUCUCAAAUUAGACAGUCCGCGCUCACUGCGUCUACAUCGCAAGGAUAACCCAGGUCAUCCAAAAACGACGACUGAGGUGGUUUGGGCAUGUUUAUCAUCGUUCACCUCAGGAACUCAGUGUUACUGCCCUCGAUCCGGCACCGUUACCUCAUUGGAAGCGUCGAAGAGGGGGUCAACUGAAAACCUGGCUCGACACAGUUCGUCAAGACACGGAGGUAGUUCUUGGACCUUUGGUAAUCGGCAUCCGUCGUUGGAGACGAGAAUAUGUCGAACUGUCCGGAUCUGCUGCCGCGGAUCGUCACGCGUGGAGAGGUACAGUUCGGGACAUCAUAGGAACCGGCUAGAUGGGGCAUGAUCGCAGCCGUACCAAGUACAAGAGAAUGAUUUAAAGCAGGUGUUCGUGUAAUUCAGAAGAAGAAGAUGCGAUCGCUGAAACUAGAAAUUUACUGGCAUGACGUUUCGGAUUAUCACUCGAACCCAUCAUCAGAGACGGUCGCAGAUAAAGGUAGUGGAGGUACAAAGAUUGCAGUAUUUAUAGUAUUUAGCUGCCGUGGGGCCACAUGCUCUCGCGACCACCGCCGGGAGGUUGUAAUUGAGACGCUGAUGGCUCGUCAGUCCGCGUCCGAGUCAUUAAUUGCAGCAAUUUCAUCAUUCGUGUUGGAUGUUGAUGUGAUGAUUACUCGGCCAUUUGGCCCACUGUCACCGGAAUUGUUGCUCGCCCGCACCCUCCCCAUGUGGCUGAUUCCCCUGCUCAGGGAAUGCCUCGACACCGAUUAUGGUACCGGGAGGACACUGUGCUUGUUUAUGUUCGUGCAAUCUUGUGCAAGGGCAUUUGUCCAUUUCUCGCCCAGAACUUCGGGAGUACGACCAAAAGAUCAGUCGCUUGAGCCUCUGUAAAACCACCUCAACAAUCAGUCCUGACGGAAACGAGCUCACCGGUGUCCCCUCCUUUUGCUCCUUAACUUGGCCGUUGAAUAUGCAGAAAGUCUUAAUACACAGUUGCAGGAGCUCAUUUAUGUGCACUCGCUUGAGGUGUUGACCAGUAUCGUCAGAUUGUUAACCUAGAAGGCCGUCGACAAUUUCGAUAUCUUGACCUACGGGAUAGAGGUGAAUAACGAGAUCAUCUCAAAUGGCACCGUCACCUCUUCUGCCUCUAUUUCUAAAUACUGGACACACAUAAAAGAACUUCCAACUGAUUUUGCUGCCCACUCCGAAUCUAUCGUAGGGAAAAAAGUCGCUGAUACAGCCAAUUUGACAGCCCAGAGGUUGCGGUACAACGUAAGGCGACGAUGAGGCGUAGGGGCACGCCUGGUUUGUGCAUCUUUGGCAGACCGUAGAUUCGGUGGUAUUUUUGAAUAUGAAUCUGGCAGUCUUGUGUCAGUACAUUGAUCAUUCUCUUAAUUAAGUCUGGCAUCGUCCGUUGGCAUAUGUUAGUGUUCACAGGCGAUCUAUAUAUGAAACAUUUCGAUGGAACUUUCUCAUCAAGGCGCCAGUUCAGGAAUUUCACCUGAGCGUAAAUAGAUGCCUCCCGCUUCACAAAAGUUUCCCGUCCGCGUGCUGAGCUGAAGGCUGCGCGCUCAUGGCACAAGGCAAUUUUCGUGAAGGUUCGGAUCCCAAGUGAGUUAUUACGGUCAUUAUCUCCCGAAGAAUGUGAGGAAGGACAAGGAGAGGAUUCAUAGACCGAAUUUUGUUUGUACUGACAUUUCGGAAAGUUUCUCGUUUCCAUCCUUAGAGUGGUAUGGUCACUAUUCAUGCUAGUCUUGAGUUAUUCAGCCUUGUCGCCUGCCUUUGAUUAUAGUCACUCCGUCUCCAUCUUGUUUAUAGCGAACAAACAAUUUUUUUCAAUUGUCGUACUCAUUGUCGUACGCAUUCUUCAUCUGAAAUGUGGCCAAUGCAUACCUUAUAUCAGUGCAUAACAAACUUGACAUUAUUCCGAUCUAAUUGGAGUUUAUUGUGUCUGAAAUUCCACUUUUUAUCGAAAAUUAUCGGUCGGAUGCGCUUUCUUUUCCAUGGGAUAAUGUUGGUCAGAAGUGAAAGCUAUUUAACUGCCAUAUAUAGACCGCUUGCCCAACGUUUUCGCUUUGCUAUUCCUAGAGCAUUGUCUGCCCCUCUUCAACGUUCAAAUAACUUUUCACGAAUCUUAAUCAGUGCGCACUUCCGGAAGGUAUACCGGUUAGUCAAGUCAUGACGUUCUAUCUCUGGGAGCCUGACAGCAAUCAUCAAUUUGUGAUUACGAAUUUCGGCCAACUUUCACCGAAAAAUCCAUCCCUUAUACGAGUAGGUAAUUAGUACUUUCAAGUUCAGAUGGAGUAUGAUGAUUUUCAAAGAACCCAUGACUAAAAUAAGAGCUUCGGUUUCCAACGGGAAAUCUUUGCAAACCUAGGUCAGGCGCUGGUACCUAACUUGCAUGUAACACGGAAAUCGGUUGUAGCUUCGAGGAUAGCGGUUUUUGUCUAGGAUAAGAACUGGUUUUUGUUACAUAGAUUUCAUUUUUUCCACAUGCGAUUAGUGGUUACCCGCCCAUUCGACCUUGCGGAUACUUCUCUUUUUUACUUAUAGUGGCUGCUGGCGUUUGCGUCUGAAUGCCUAAUUUUAAUCACGCAGUUUUGGAUGUUUAAUUCAUCCUUUUCCAAAGGAAGACUGACUAAGCGCUAGUCAAAAUGGCUUGGCAUCGCUAUAUUAGCACGCAGAACAGACGUGACGGAGUUGUACUAGUUUUUUCUGUUUACCAUUGCUUGUCAGUUAACCGCACCGAAAACCGCGGGCGUCUUCGCCUAUUUGGCAGCGCAUCGAAAUCGACGAUGAAGUGGCACACCAGGUCUUCUAAGCCAGUCAGGCUUUCGGCCGGCUGCAGAACCGCGUAUGGAACCACCGCGUUUCCACCUUAACACCAGGCUUAAGAUGUACCACGCUGCCAUCUUGAAGACUUUGCUGUAUGGUACGGAGACCUUGACAGUCUACAAGAAACGAAUGAGGAAACUCUAUCAUUUCUACACCAGUUUUCCCCAGUGGAUACGAAAUUCGAGGUGACAGGACAGGAUCUCGGACACCGAAGUUCCGGAACGAACUGGAAUCCCCAGCAUCCACGCCAUGCUGUGAAAACUGUAACUAGGAUGGAGCAACCACCUCAUGAGGAGGGAUCAUGAGCGCCAACCAAAACAACUCUUUUACUGAGAUGUCGCCACGGGUGCUCACCGACAAGCACGGCAAACCCGCUCCUACAAAGACACCCUGAAGCGGCUACAAACCAACCCGAAGAUUUGAGAAGACCUCGCACAGGACCGAUCGGCCCGAAGAAGACAGAAGCAGCAGUCUAUGAACCCAACCGGAUCAUCUCCGCCGAUGGCAAAAGAGGGGCUCGCAAGUCUCAGGCGCACCUGACCCGCAACGUCAACAUGAAACCAUUCUUGAUAUGUUCCCCCUGUCAAUAAACAUUCCGCGCGAGUCGGCUUCGUUGGAAGCCUGCGGACCCAAUGCACCAACAGCCCGACAAUCCCAAAUGCUGUCUCCCUGAGUACUUCGAGCCCCACGGCGUCCACGAUGACGAGCACACUCACCACAGGUGAUCACAAUCCCCAUGCCCCGCCACCGUUGAUCACCGCCAUCUCCAUCCUCCCUGCCACAUCCUCCGUGGUGGCGGCGACCACCACCACCCACUCGCCACCGGCGAUAUGGACUCGGUUCCCACCUGUCCUCAUUGCGGUCGCAUGCUCACCUCAAGCGUCGGCCUGGUCGGCACUUGUGAACCCAUUGCACUGCGACCGGCGCACCGGUGCCAGGAACCCCAUGAACACUGUUCACGCUAUGCACGCACAUUCAUUCACCUCAUGGGCCUAUUCGGCCACAUGGGUUUCCAUAAUAAUUGAAUUCAUCGCAAUAUCGGCACACCUAGCAGACCUUGCACAUCCGCCAACUCUCCCAUCUCCAGUCCAAAUUAACCCCUCAUCUACCUGCGUGACCACCACUAGCAGCACCACAAUGGCAGCCGACUUAGCAUCUCCCAGCCUAUCCCGCCCACACUGGCACCGCACAUUCACCUCACGCAUCGACCUGGUGAGUUACUUGCGGACCCGUCUCACAGAGAGUGACAGAACGGUGCCUGGAGCACCAGCAAAUCGCCCAAAUCGUCCUCGUGCAUUGAACUGUUGAAUGGCUCUAUUCGAUCACAUGCGUCACCAUGAAAACUCGCAAUAAAUCACCGCACACAUGACCACAUCCCACACAUUUCCCCAUCAACACAUGCUCCAGAAACGAACACCUCCAACAUCCACACCACUGGCAACUCUUACGUCAGUGGGAAGUGUGUUCCUUUCUCCAUUCGGCUGUGCUGCCGCAUGUGAGAUCCUAGCCGCUUCCUUGUGUGUGUAGACCUGGUAUUUGUGUUUGGAGGGGGGGGGGACAGGUCGUGCAUGUGGCGCGAUCAUACGGGCUCUCUAGCCCUGUCAGUCGCCCCGACCGCUCCCCCCGUCCGACAACUGACAGGCUCAGACAGUGGACUAGUGCCUGGGGGUAGGAAAAGGGAGCGAGGUCGACGUCUCAGCGCAUUGUUCCCACUAUAAACAAUCUGACGCGCCUAAAGCCAUCAAAGUGCGCCAAAAAACCGUGGCUUGGGAGGCCGCCAACUGUCGGGAUAAUUCGGAUCUCACAGUCAGCCCAGUACGUAUGUAUUUGUGUGGAGUGGCCGACCAGUGGACUGAGAGUCAGACUGCCGUGGCUCCUUAAUGUUGCCCGCAUGGCGUUCCCACUCAGUGGGAUCUGAGCCGGUGCGGUAGCGUCCACUAAAGUGCGGGUUUUCGUCGUACCACCUGCAUCCGCUCUUCUUAACUCUGCCUUAACACCGGAUCCUGGUGGGGGAGAAGAGAGUGUGAUAGAUGCAACGGAAUUCCAUUAUCACCAUGAUCCAGUUCAUGCGCUUGUCACCGUCCCUGCAUCCACCCUUCUGUGGAGCACACGGUGGACAUCUUCGAAGAGGACGGUCGAACUUUCAUUUGUCAGUUAGUUCCAGUUGUCUCUGUACAUUCAAACUGUUCAUGUAGAAAUUUCUCCCAAGUAGGGCCGUAUUGCGACUCGUCGGUCGUUUUAAUACACCGUUUGAACCAUGAAUUCUCUUGAAGGUAUAAGUAUAACAAGUUAAAAGAUUAAAAAUUACAUAAUUGCAGUCUAAUCAUGGCUUUUUCUUUAUUGAAACAAGCCUCUCCUCCCAACUUUGGAUUAACAGUCCUCUUGGAAAAUAGGGCUCUACGAAGAUUAUGCGAAACCUAAUUACUUAGUAACAAAAGUUUGAUUGGGAACUUACGUUAGCAAAAUUAUGUAAUUUAAGAGCUCAUAUGCUUGAAUAGCACCUCAGAGAAAAUUUGUUUGCCUAAACGUACUGAAAAUUAGUAGACCACAUGUUUCUGAUCAAUUUGGAUUCGUUAUAGAUAUCGUUUAGGGUUCCUAAUACAUGGUUUGUACUUUUACGUGUUCCGGUCCCGAGGGUUUCCACAAUAACCAAAGUAUUUUUAUCCCUCCGACUUUCACCUGCCUGGUUCUGAUAUUGGGGAGAGGGAGGGCCGAUGAACUCUUGGAUAAAUGUUAUACUACACGCUGAUACUAGUAUCAGUCUACGCAGUCAUUUUAGAUAACGAACAAUCUCACGGUGAGGAUAGCCGGUCCCAACCGCCCAACUACCAUUUACUCACUCGGACUUUUGAAAAUGGACGAUAGACCAGGAUUCCCUAAACGUAAAACAGAAAACAAUGCUAAAGGUAUUACACCCUACUCCCGACCGAGAUACUAACUAAACGCCCAGGCACGUGUUUCGCCGCUUUUCUGCCCCUGCGCGACAGCUGCGAGGGGUCCGGCUCCUCAGUGGGUCCCCCAGCGUUCUCUAUGCAGUUUCUGGCAUCAUCCUAAGAAGUCAUGUCCCGGAGACUUAACUCUAUGUCCUGCACUGAAUAAUUUAUGAAAUUAUUCGCCUAGAAAACAAUGCCUCUAGCUGACCUGGCCUGCCUGUGGGACGGAAUACGAGAAUGUCAUUGAACCUUAGAGCUCCGAGACAAGAGGCCGAACAAGCGGUUGCAUUGCGACAUGUAGUCAGUACCGCAGAUGGAAUACCAUAGGCGAAACUGGAGUGAUUACCUCUUGCCUGUUUGCUGCUGUUAGUCAGCUAACCGCUGUCGAUGCAUCAAUUAGCAUAGGUCGGCAAAGGUCAGUCCCGGGUGAUUCUGGAUAGUCCUGAUUGUAACCAAUAGGAUCUGAGUCCUUUGUUUCCAUCAUGGUGCCGGACUCAAUGGCUGCGGGGAAUGGGUUUCCAACCUAAAGUCUAAUUGUCCUGUGGUUAAUUUCGGUAAAUAAACCACCAACAGCCAUUCUAGUCCCCUUUGUGCUUAUCAGCGAUCUUUCUGACUGCAGAAAAAAGAGAUUUGUAAGCACAUUCGUCAUCCGACUUCUCAGAAAGUAAUCCCGGAACUCUAUUGUGCAUACUCAAGCCGGUUGUUUUAUUUGUCGUCUCCUUUUCUCCUUCAGAACCUGCGCGCGAGCGAUUGAAGCGAUUUUAA